GUCAGGCAGACAUAAGAACAGUCGUCCAAUCACAAAAUAAUGCGCAGGGAUUUUUUGCUGUUUAUUUGACUCAGAGGGGGUCCUGAAUGUGGUUUGUCACCCUGACGUGGUUGAGCCGUGAUGGAAGACCCGAUAAAUGCAGAAGGCUCGUCUGCGGAGGGCGACGCCAAGCCUGGCAUGCUCCAGAAGCUCAAGCUGAACAUCUCUAAGACUGUGCAGAGUAAAGUGGACACAAUUUUGCGAGACGUGCAGCAGUUUACAGACAGCGACAAACUCUACCUUUAUUUACAGCUUCCCUCAGGUCCGAGUGCAGGAGAGAAGAGCAGUGACUCAAAUUCAGUGAACACGGCCGACCAGCUUCACACCUGCAACUGGAUUCGCAGUCACCUGGAGGAACACGCCGACACCUGCCUGCCUAAACAAGAUGUUUACGAGACGUACCGGAAGCACUGUGAAAGCCUGCAGCAGAGGCCUCUGAGUGCAGCCAACUUCGGCAAGAUCAUCAGAGACAUCUUCCCCAACAUCAAGGCUCGCAGGCUGGGGGGCAGGGGCCAGUCCAAAUAUCCUUUACACCAACCUGUCUCUCUCACACGCAGCUCUAUAAGCAUCGUUAGUCUACAUUCCCUGUCUUUUGGGCGUGUUUUAUCGUUGCUCCUUGACCAUGUUUUUGUUACGUACUGCUACAGUGGGAUCCGAAGGAAGACGGUGUUAAAUAUGCCGUUAUUACCCAACCUGGACCUGAAGAACGAUCCGUCCGAGCUGACCGAACUGGUACAGACGUACAAACAGGAAGUGACGGAAGCGGCGUGCGAGCUGAUCUGUGACUGGGCUCAGAAGAUCCUCAAGCGCUCAUUCGACACGGUGGUGGAAAUCGCACGCUUCUUAGUGCAGGAGCACAUCGUAAACCCGCGCUGCAGCCAGGCCGAGCUCGUCACCUCCGCCUCGCUCGCUGGAGGCCCUGCGAAACCACACAAAGUGAUUAAAAAGAACCCAACGACGUCCAGAGGGACUACAGUGGAGGAAGAAAGCGCUGGCCAAGACCUGAAGAAAGAUGAAAGCGAGCUGGCUGCAGCUGUGAAGCAUCUUCCGAAUGACAAAUCACCUAAAGCUCCAGAGGUGUUGCGUUACGGAGACCGUGAGAUGCAAGUGGAAGCUUUGGUCAAGAAACUCCCUCAGCUCCGCCCUCGUGGCUUGAUUCCAGAAAAACCCCUCCUUUCUGUUCACGCCCCCACUCCUGCCUUCACGCCGAAUGAUUCCAGCAGUGUGCAGGUGACUCUGCCCAUCACCGUGGCAACACUCCCGCCCCAGCAACGCGGCUCCGCCCUCCCUCUCAUGAUCCUGCCUCCUUCGGUGACCGUUUCCACAGCGACGCCGGUGACGACGACAUCUAAACGCUCAUCCGAUUCGUCCGCCGUGGCCGCGGGCCCGCCUCUGAAACGCAAACGGGGCCGGCCCAGGAAGCAGAGACCAGAGGAACCGGCGCCGGCUCAGAACCUCAGUCCGAAUCAGAACCUAAACCUGAAUCCAAAUCAGAACCUUAAUCUGAAUCCAGUGGUGCUGAACAGAGGGGUGAUCCAGAAAGCGCUCUCCUCCUCCUCCUCCUCCUCCUCAUCCUCGCAGGUGACGGAGACGGUGCUGCAGUGUAAAGUCAAGGACCCCGAGCCACGCCCUGUCAUGCUCCUGCAGGAAGCGGGCCGGGCCAUGGUGAUCCAACGUGCCCCUGUGUCGCGGGAAAACCGUCCCGUUAACCAGGUGCAGGUGACUCAGAGUCAGAGUGCCGCCGUGCCGCUCCCUCCUCCUACUGUCCACGAGGACAGGGGCGUGGUCGAGAUCACACUCACGCCCAUCAACCCCCUGGUCACCGCAGACGACUCGGUCUGCAGCGUGCCCGAGAUGAGCCCAGGGGAGGGGGAGGUCCCUUAGCUGUCUGUCCCGUGUGUGUGUGUGUGUGUGUGUGUGUGUGGUCAGUGACUUUGGUGACUAACGUCAGAUUGUUCUGUUCAGACUGCAGUUGUGUCUCUGUAUCUGUGGUGUGUUUUCACUUCCUCUGUUCCCUCUGAGGUCGAUGCUGAACGUCAGUUGAUUAAUGUGAACACGUAGCGGCGGUACAAGGAGCCAAAAGUCAAACCUACAGACAGACACAGUCUGACAAAAUGUACAGUUUAACCGCAGCAUUUACUUUUUUAUCCGUUCCUACGGCGAUGUGGGAGACACGCGACCGCUCCGCUUUUACAGUUUGUUUAAAACGAAAGCACAGAACAAACCAAACACGAAUAAACAGCGAAUUCGCCGAAGGGAAAAAACACGUGAGCCUCUCAUAGCAGCUCCCUUCACCUCGCACGGUUGUCAUGGUUACUCACGGUGCGUUUGUUUGUUUUGGGUUUUUUUUUUGGCUUAAUCCAUUGCUUUUCCUCCCAGCUGCCCUCACUGAUCAAUAUUCAGAUGGGAUUAGUUUUCCACAUGCAGGCUCGUUGCGUGAUAAUUAUUUAAGCCUCUCUGGGAUUAAUCUGUUCUGAGUAUUUUUUUCCCCAGACUGUCUGUAAACACAUCUGGAGUAUUUUCUGUUCGAUAAACUGAACAGUAGAAACAACUGCAGGUAUAUCUUCAGUAUAAACGCACUCCAGGGUGUAAACACUCGCUCUUUUCUCCUGUUUUUUUUUUUAAUAAUUUCCCACCGAAAUGAAAAUAUUUAAAAUCCAAAAGAAUAAAAUAUGGAUAAGGAUUAAAAGGGCGUGUCAGAGAAAGGGUUUGAGGGAAGCGACUGAGUUCCUAGCGCAGGUACACACUCCAGACAUGCCACGAUCAUGUGACUUGGUGAUGAUCAGGUAGCCACGCCCCCUACAACGAGCAUUUAUCAGUCACUCAGUGAGUGAAUAAUUCUUUUCAUUGUCACCGUCAGCAUGUGUGGAUUUAAAACUGUUGAUUAAUACCGCGACCAUUUUUCGACAAAGAGUGAAAUUUUUCACCCAGUAACGUGUCUAAUCUUGUCGAAGUCAUGCGGGCGGGGCUGUGGGUGGUUUGGUUAGCGUAGGGCGCAAGGUGCUGUUUAUCGUUUACGCUGCUAACCUGGAGCGUCAUCACUUUUAUGGAAAUGUAGUUUUGUGGGGGUUUUUUCUCUCUGACUGCUGGGAUUUUCAUGUCAACAAUGUACCGUAAAGAUGAACAUUUCUGAGACGACAGCGUGCUAAAGUGGUGGCUGUAUGCUUCCGUUAGCGUCAAAGCUUCGACUUUGGUACAGAAACCAAACGCCAAGCUGACAGACUGCGUUUAUUACAGAGGGACGUUUUAUUAUUCGCCAAACUGUAGCUUUAAUGCACUUUUAUUACGGAGUGAUUCAGACUGGAGAGGAGGACGCUGGGCCUGCGGCACUGUGACUCUGUGUGUGUGUGUGUGUAAGUCCAGGGCUAUUACGGGUUUAUAAAUCAAGGGCAGUUACAGCACCUCUCUCUCUCCGUCUGACUUUAAACUGCAGUGACAAAGAUUUACAGAAAAAGCACACACACGCACACACACACGCAGAUGAUGUAAAGUUACUGAGACGCGCGUGUUUUAUCUGAUUAUGUUCCAGGAGUGAGGGCUGUGAUGGGAUUUUAGUGUGUAAAUAGUUUUCCCGUGAGACUUGGUUGUGUCUCUGUUCCUCUUUAACGUCGUCCCCGAACCCCUCGUCCACUUCCGGAGCGCACACCUGCCAGCUGUUCUGCAGUUUGACCCCAGAGCAACUGCUACGAGUUCUCACUCAAAAACACACAGACAGCCGUCUUCAUUUUCACCCCAAAAAAACAAAAAACGACACACAAGUCGAAGUGCAAGUGAACGUGGGACGACUGACCCCCUGGAAGCCCCGCCCCCUUUCCUCACAUCAGUACCGUUUCGUCUGCUGUUCUUGUGUCCCAUUGAUCUCAGUCCGGGUUUAAGCUCCUCCCCCGGACGCUUCAGGAAGCCCCUCCCCCUCGUUUUGUGCCAAAAGAAGAUUGCAGUGAUGUAGUAAACGGCAGCUAUGCUAACUGUUUAUCUGUUAAUCAAACUGGUGUAAGAUUCUUAUUAAAUUAUUCUCAUGA